UCCACGAUUCCUUCUGCUUUCCUUUCGGUGUCGCCGCAGCCCCAGCUUGGCACUCGGUCCCUGCUGUGGUGUCCUGUCCCAGCAGCGGCGCUUCCGAGGCUCCGACACUUCCCAAACAAAGCUGCCUGGAAGAGGAAGGUGUCGGGAUAUCAGGACGUCCCUGAUACCUGCUGACCAUUGUUUCCUCUGUCUUGGCGUUUCCUUAGAAGCAAUUCCAGCGUUUCCUUUGGAAAGGUCUCUCAGAUGCUCCUUGUCCUCAGCCCUUCGUAGAAUCCCGGAAUGAUUCAGGUGGGACGGGACCACAAAUCCCAUCCACAUCCACCCCUUGCCAUGGAUGGGGACGUUUUCCAUCAGCCAGGUUGCUCCAAGUCUUUCCCAGCCUGGAUCCCAUCCCUGGCCAGGCUGACGAGCUGAGGUUUGCAGAGGUGAGUUGUCAUUCCCGAUCCUGCUGUGGGAGCUUCCCUGCUCCCAGCUGCCCUGGAAGUACCCGGAGAGGUAAAAACUCAUCCUAUGGGAAUUCUGGGGUUUUUUCCCUCCGUCGGGAGAUUCCUGAUCCGUGGAAUUAAGGUUGGUGGUGUUUCAGAUCUGCUCUGCCGAUCCGUCCAUGGUUGUCCUGGUGGUGGCAGCUCCUUCCUGAUGGAACCGUCCUUCAUGAUGGCUUUGACAGUUCCUUCUCAGGGAGUUUUUAUCCUCCAGUGCUGGGAAUUCUGGAGGAAACGCAAACUGAAAGGCAGGAGGCGGCUCGGGGAAUGUUGAUUCACAUUUGUUUGGAAACCCUGCGGAACAAACUUGGCUUCGUGUGCAGCUCCUGUUGAAAUCCGGUUUAAUUCGUGCAGGGAGGAGGAAUAGUGGGUGAGAGGCUGGAAUUUUGGGAACGCUGUCUGGUGGGAAUCUGGUUAUUGUUUGCUUGGAGAGGAUUGAUAGAGCAUUCAUGUUUCUCCCGGGCCGCGAGUAGUUUGUACUGGGUUCCAGUUAAAUAAUUCCUCCAAUAAAACCUCACACCCAAAUGGGAACAAACUCCAGGAAUUGUGCUGGAAAAUCCUCCUCUCCUGCACCUGUGUUUGGUCGUUCCCUGUACGGUUUAUUCCUUGAGCUGUGAUCUCAGUGUGAACCUCUGCUCGUGGAAAAAUUCCCAUCUGGACUCAACUCCCACGAGCUCGGAAAUCAAAAGCCCGCGAUGACAUCGGCGAGACGGGAACCUCGACGCCACAGGAAUUCUGUGCGGAGCUUCUGGAAAAUUCCUGGAAAACCUCGUGAAUGGCUGCGAGAAGAGUCCGGUUCCAGGCGAAAACAGAUGGACAAGGGGGAAAUGAGGAAUUCCUGGGUUUGGAGUUUUCCUGGCUUGGGUUGGGAUUUAUUUUUUUGCCGUGUUUGGGGUUUGGGAAUGGGGAUGGAGCUGGGAACGCGCUGAUGUCGUGGCUGCUGCUUUGUCCUCGCCCUAAAUGCAGAAUUCCCGCCCGGUCCCCGAGGAGCUGCACCAGGAGUUUUUGCCACUCUUGGAUGUUUUCCCAGUCUCAAGCUCCAUCCUGGGCCUGCUUGGACAGGGCUUGGAGGAUCCCUGGGAUGACAGGAGGUGUGGAAUGGCAGGAGCCGGAAUGGGAUGGACUUUAAGGUCCCACGGCCCAAAGCCCCGUGUGAUUCUCUCUCCAGAACUCAGUGCUGUUUCAUUUUCCUCUCCCUGUGUUUGUACCUUCUCUCCCCACCUCACAGCACCCAAUUCUCAGUGAUUUCACCCAAACCAAGCCCCUCUUCCCUUGACCGCGGUGCUUUUCGCGCGUAGAAUUUUUCUUUUUCGGUUGUUCCUGUACGAUUUUUACUCCUCUCUGUUGCAAACCCUUCCCGUUUAAGCUCUCAGAGAGAUCGGAUCUUUUUCUACCCACAGAAUUCCAGCCUCAUCCCACCCUGUGAAUUCUUGCAGGGUUUGCUCUUCGCCCAUGGGAGUGUCCUCCUGGAAACCUCUCCGGCCUCGGCUGGGCUCCACCCAGUUGGAAUUGGUUGGAGUUCUCCACCUAAAUGGUUUCACUUCCAACUCAUCCCUCGCCACCCUUUGGACGGGGAGGGAGGGUUUCGUGCUUUGCCUUACUGCUCCUGAAAUUAAUUAAUUGUAAUUAAACCCAAACUCUGUUCUCACCGAGAAGCGAAAUGCCAGGUUUCGAGCGAUGCUGUUGCAAAUGUCACCAGUGAUUGUGUUUUCCCUGUGACGUCCACCUUGGUGGGUUGAGCUUGUUAAUCACCUGUUUCAUUGAUUAAUCACCUGUUCUCUAUAUUUAAGCCUUUUGAAACAGUGGAAGAAAACAUGUUUUUUUUUUCCCGUGUGUGACUUUUGAGUGCUUUAAACUGUGACGCAAACCCCGCUUUCGUGCCUCGGGUUGCUUUUCUCCCCGUCCUAGAAGCCGCUGUGAGCAGAUGCCAAAAGAUGACCCAUCUAAUCCUUGUCUUUUAACUUGCAGCUUUGUGUUGUUCUUGGAAAGUUUCGCACCACUUGUGAAUUCCCUGAACCUUGGCCUUGCCAGCCCCUUUGUGUUGGGCCCUCCUCCUUUUCAGCUUGCCCAAAUUAAGACCCACUUGGCUCUCCAGCGCUUGGCUGCCAGCGGCGGGCGGGCACCUCCCCACGCUGGCGUCCGCCGGGCAUUGCUGAAGGACGCCAUGUUUAGCCCCAGAGGAACCUUGCCCCCGAGGCCCAGAGGACCCAACCCGUCGGGAACCAAAGCCCCGGGAGCUUUCGGGGCCGGAGGCGCUGCGGGGCCGCCCAGGAAAGCCGCGCCCGCGACGCCCCAAGGAACGCCCCAAAGAUUCUCUGGGCAGGACGCGCUGCAGUGGACGGGAUCGCAGAGGAUCAACGUCCGAGUCACGCUCCACAGGGCCGAUCCCAGGAAGGUCAAGGAGAAGAGCAGCCUGCACCAGGAGCAGAAGGGAGAGCUGCGCGCCAAUCGCUGGGAUGGCGGCCCCUGCCCCGCCGGCACCGCCGGGCCCAAACCGCCCGGCCCGGCGCCGGUCUUGGAGCAGAAUUCCAACCCCCAGAACCGCUACACGCCCGAAAGCGCCUCCAGCAUUUUAGCGAGCUUUGGGUUGUCCAACGAAGACCUUGAAGAGCUGAGCCGCUACCCCGACGACCAGCUGACACCCGAGAACAUGCCGCGGAUCCUGCGGGAGAUCCGCAUCCGGAAGCUGGGCCACGCCGUGCCCGGCCCGCACGCUCCGAGCCGCGGGGAGGAGCCGGCGGGCGAGAGCGCCGCCGUCGUCAAGGGCAAAGUGAUCGACUAUGGCCACGCCAGCAAGUAUGGCUACACCGAGGACCCGCUGGAGAUCCGCACCUACAACCCCGAGGCGCUGCCCGAGGAGCCGCUGGAAGCGCGCGUCUACAAUCCCGAGGGCUCGAGCGCGGAGAACCGGGAAGAAUUCCAGCGGGAGCCGAGCUUGCCGGUGGCCGUCCCGCCACCGCCCCAGCCGCCCAACGUGCCGUGCAACGCCGUGUUCCCGGCCGAAGACCUCAUCAAGCUGCCGGCGUUCCCCGCCGACUCUUCGCCCGCUCCGCCGUUUUUCCCGGCCGAAACUCCGGCCAAGGUGCCGGGGCUGUGCGGCGCCGCGCCCGCCGCGCUGCCGGCGGUGAAGCCGGCGUCCCGGCCGCCCGUGCCGCCGGUGCUGCCGCCCAUGCUGCCGGCGCUGCUGCCCUCGCCGCUGCCGCAGCCCAUGCUGCCCCCGGUGAUGCCGCCGCUGGUCCAGCCGCCCGUGACCCAGCACGUGUUACCGCCCAUGACGUCGCCGCCCUUCUCGGCCGGGCUCUUGGCCGCCAUCAGCCAACACGAGCAGAAGCAACGAGACACCGGCAGCGCCCAGGCCGGGACCGGCGCCGCCGGCGGGACCUCGGCGGGACACAAACCCUUCCACAAAGCUUUCCGGCCGCCCGUGGAGGAACCCAUCAAAUCCCCGUUCGGGGUGGUGAAGGCGUCCUGGCUGCCCGUGUUCCCGGAUUCCCAGAAGAACAAACGCCUGCCCACCCCGUCCAUGAUGAACGACUACUAUGCCACGUCGCCGCGAAUAUUCCCACAUUUGUGUUCUCUGUGUAACCUUGAAUGCACUCAUAUGAAGGACUGGAUCCUGCACCAGAACAACCCCGCCCACCUUGAGAGCUGCCGCAGGCUGCGCCAGCAAUUUCCCGACUGGAACCCUGAGGCUCACUCCUCCAGCAGGAAUGGCGUCGAUCGGAAGGAGAACCGCACUCCCAAGCACCGCUCCAGCCCGGCCCGGCGCCGCUCCCGCCCCUCGGGCGGCUCCGCCGCUUCCUCCCGGCCCUCGUGCUCCUCCUCGUCCCCGUGCUGCUCCGCGCUGCGCCGGCACCGUUCCCGCUCCCGCGGCCCCGGCCGCUCCCGCCGGCCCCGCAGCCGCAGCCCGCGGCACCUGCGGCGCCUGAGCCCGCGGCGCCGCUCCCGAUCCCGAUCCCGGUCCCGUUCGCGAUCCCGGUCCCGGUCGCGAUCCCCGCAGCGAUCCCGGAACCCGCCCAGGCCCGGCCCCAGAGCGCGGAGAUCGCCCCAGAGCGCGGAGCGCUCCGCCCGCCGGAGCAGCCGCUCCGAAGCCGCUCUGCAGGCCGUGAUGAAGACGUUGGGUCCGGGAUUGCUGGCGCGAUUCCGGCGGCACCGAUCCCUGCGCGCCGCGCUGCGCCGUUCGUUGUCUUCGACCAACGCCGGCGACGCCCGGAGAGAUCCCGGCGAUCCCGACGCCGACGGACGCGCCUCGACGCCCGAGCGCGACGGAGACGUCGUCGGAAAAGAGAGGGACAGGGAACGGGAAGCGACCGGCAAAAAUCAUCCCGCGUCCUAUAACAGGCUGCUCAGGGAGGAGUUGCUGAGCUGCGGGACCGUUCUGCACAUCUGGGAUUUACCCGAGGAUGGAUUUUCCGACCAGGACAUCAAAAAACUCGUCCAGCCCUUCGGAAAAGUCAGCGACCUCAUCGUGCUGCGUUCCCGCAACGAGGCGUACCUGGAGAUGAAUUACCGGGAAGCCGUGAUCGCCGCCGUGCGCUUCGGGCAGACGGAGCCGGUGCUGCUCAACGGGAAAAGGAUCCGGAUCGGAGAGGCCGAGAGACCCCGGAGCGCGACGGAGCCGGUGAAGAAAGGGCUGAAAAAGCGAAUCCCGAACCCCAAAAAAAGCACCAGGAAAAUUCCCAGCUCCAGCACCAAGAGCUCCAAAACCCCGGCAGGGAAAAAGGAAAAAUUGAAGAAAGCGCCGGGAGAGAGGAAAGUGAAGAAAACCUCGGAUGGGGGAGGAAAAGCUGAAGAUCCCGAGGAUUCCGGGCUGGAAAUUCGGGAAUCGGAGCCACCCGAUCCCAAAAAUCCUGAAAUUCCCAAAAAUCCCCCAGAGCAGGAGCCCGGGAAAGCCCCAGAGGUUGAGGAGGGACCAGAGACCCCGAGCAGCAAAGAACGCGCGGAUCACAGGGAGGAGGAUCCCGAGGAAUCGUGCGUGCUGCUCGUGUCCAACCUGCCCGACAAGGGAACGACGGAGCAGGAAAUGUCCAAAGUGGCCAAAGCCUUCGGGGGCCUGCGCGAUCUCCUCAUCCUCUCUUCCCAUAAAAAAGCGUACCUGGAGAUCCCGCGCCGUGCUGCCGAGGCCAUGGUGACGUUCUACAGCUGCUUCCCCAUGGCCCUGGACGGGAACCAGCUGAGCGUGCGGCACGAGCCGCGGCACCGGCACCUCAGGGACGAGGAAGCGAUUUUCAUUGGUCUCAUCAAGGAUUCUGAUCCCGAGGUGAACCCCUCGUGUCUCCGUUCCCACCUGGUUCACCUGGGGAACCUCCCAGCCCAUGGUUUUGGUGAGCUGGAGGUGGUUUGUGCCGGGCUGCGUUUCGGCAAGGUGCAGCACUACGCCGUGCUCAGCAACCGCCGGCGGGCCAUCCUGCAGUUGGACAGCCCCAGCUCCGCCCGGUACAUGCACAGCUUCCUGCAGCAGUACCCGUACUCCAUGGGGGAGCACACACUCACCUGCUCCUUGUCCUGCCACCGAGACUCUCCUGAGGCUGAAACCGGGAAAAGGGAAGCGAAGAGAGAGGACGGGAGCAGAGGAAACUCUGCCUUGAAAAAAAAUCCAGAGGGAUUUGGAACGGUGCAAAAAACACCAGGAAAUCCAUCGGGAGAGCCCAGGAAAGGCCAAAUUCCCAACCCAAAUGUCCUGGAGGAGAUUCCAGUGGGACAGCUGGAGGUUCCUGAGUCACAGGCAGGAGGAGGAGCAGGGAUGCAUGUGGAUGGAUUGGAUCCUGGAACUGGAAUUCCCGUGGAUCCUGCCGGCAGCAAAUCACCCGCAGCGACGUCGGAGGAGAAGCCGGCGCCGCUUUGUGGAGCGGGGAAAGAGGAGGCUCGGGAUGAGCCGGAGCUGGAAAUCCCAAAGGAGGAUGAGGAGCCCUCUGCUCCUGCCGUGGAUCCUCUGGAAUCAUCCAGCAAAGGGAUCCCAACGGGCGGAGGAACGCCGGGAGCCAUCCCUGGAAUGUCCCCGAGCUCGGAGGAGGCUCCCGCGGUGUCGCCCGCUGUCACCCAGCCCAGCACGGAAAAAACUCCUGUUCCUGAGGCUGGGAAAAGCAGCUGUGAAGCGUCCACGGAAAGGAAAGCUGUCCCAAAAAGUGGGGAUGCUCCAGGGAAAAAAUGGGAUGUGGCUGGAGCAGAGAGAGAGGGGACGGCGGAGGAAUCCGUGCUCAAAACUGGGGAAAAUCCAGGGAAGACUGGGGGAAAAUCUGGGACAGAGCUGGAGAAAACACCUGGAAAAAUGUCGUGCAAGGGUGGGGAAAACUCUGGGAAUGCUGGUGGGGAGAUCCACGUGGGAAGUUCGGUUAAAAUCCCACCAAAUAAAGGGAUGGGAGCUGGAAAAUCCGAUCAAAGCCGCGCGGCGGCUCCGGUAAAUCCCACUGCAUCCCUGAAGGAAUCUUGCGUUGGGAAAACCCUUCUGAAGGCUGUGGUGUCCGUCCCGGAUAUCCUGAAACAGAGAAUUCCUGUCAGGAUCACCAAGCCUUCCCUGGGAAAAGCUGGGGAGCAGAAAAUCCCCCCAAGAGCGAGGCCGGAGAAGAAAAUUCCCGGAAAAGCCGCAGCUCAGCCGGGAGCUGGGAACAACCAAUGGAAAGGGAACGGAAAUUCCGGGAUGGAUGCGCAGGGAGACGGUGGGAAGAGCUCGUCCCAGCAGGAAAAGGAUUCCCAGCUGGAAUCUCGGGACAGUUCAAAGCAGCAGGGAGAGAGCGGAACAUCUGGAACAUCUGGCACGAGGGAAAAUCCCAGCAGGAAUCAGGCUCCUGGUGGGGGCAGUGGUACAACUUGGAAAAGCAGCGCUGGCAACGUUGGGAAACAGAAGGAGGAAGAAGAGCUCUUCCCGUUCAACCUAGACGAGUUUGUCACGGUGGACGAGGUGCUGGAGGACGCCGAGUCUCCGGUGACGCCGCGGCGAAACCCCCCGAGGGGGAAGAGAAAAGAAAUUCCCAAAGCCAACCCUUCGGAGCCGGCGUCCAAGAAGAGGAGAGGGAAGAGUUCUGGAGCCGAAGGUGAGCUGUCCUUCGUCACCUUGGACGAGAUCGGGGAGGAGGAGGAGGACGCGCCGGUGCCGCUGCCGGGCGUCGACCCCCAGGGCCUGGUGGUGGUGGACGAGGUGGUGGAAGAGGAGGAGCUGUCGGAAGCGGUGAAGGAUCCGCAGGCUCUGCUGACGCUGGAUGAGAUCUCGGAGCAGGAAGAGCCGGGCUCCCAAGGGAACGGAGCCCGGGUGGAAUUUGAGGAGCGGGACCUGAAGGCCGAGCCCUUGGUGACCGUGGAUGAGAUCGGAGAGGUGGAGGAGCUGCCCCUCAACGAGCCCGCGGAGCUGAGCGCCGCCGAGGAGGGAAAAGCCAAUCCCGGGGAUUGCGCCGCUUCCCAGGUGCCCGACGAUCCCAACGCCUUGGUGACCGUGGAUGAGAUCCAGGAGGACAACGAGGACAAUCCUCUGGUGACUCUGGAUGAGGUUAACGAGGAUGAGGAUGAUUUCCUGGCCGACUUCAAUCACCUCAAAGAGGAACUGAACUUUGUUACGGUCGAUGAAGUUGGCGAUGAGGAAGAAGAAAAUGCUUUCCCAGGGAAAAACCUGCCUGAAGAUGAAGAUGAUGAAGAUAUUGUUGCUGUUGCAGGACCAGAAGAAAUGGGAAUUCUGGGAGAUAUAAAUCCAGAGGAGGAAAUGGCUGAAAUCUCCAAGCCAAAAGCAGCUCAGCUGGGAUCAGAAGAUGCAGAACCAAAGUCUCAGCAGAAGAAAACAACUUUCCCAGGUGUCCCCAAGACACAGAGCAUUCCCAAAGCUCUGGAUAUCCUGGUCCCAAAGGCUGGAUUCUUCUGCCAGAUCUGCUCCCUCUUCUACGCCGACGAACCCUCAAUGAUCAACCACUGCAGGACCCCCCUGCACCGGCAGAACAUGGAGAAAUUCAUGGCCAAGCAGCAGGACAGCGGCGGGGAAGAGCCGAGCUCCAGGUGAUGGAGCUUCCCAGGAGCGACGCUUCGGGGCCAGUCAGUUCUGUGUGUUUGGAUUUCCUUCGGCAUUUGGGGUCGGGAAGGAGCAUCCACGGUGCAAAAACUCAGAGCUGGGAACAGACUAAAAACCCAAACCAGGAAAGGGUUGGAUUUGUGUCUCCGAUCAUCCGACGUGGGAUAGACUCUUGGAGGUGUCCCCAGGAAAUAAACGUCCUCACUGUAUAGUU